GCUGUUGGUGAAAAAAGGAAAUUUUGUUGUUUUGUGAAGGUGGGAAAGUAAAGUGAAAUUUAUUGGUCUCCCACAAGUUGUUCCAAGGCUUGGGCAUAAUGUAUACACCUAUGGCAGGUGGUGCCAACUCAAACAUCGACACGCACAAUAGAACCUGUGGUAGUCGAUGUUGGUGUGUCAAAGAUAUUUGCGGGAUCUUUUGUGCUGUCUUAACUUGGCUCCUCAUUUUGUUCGCCGAGUUUGUGGUGAUGCGUGUUAUCCUAUUGCCCAGUCCACAUCCAGUGUUUAGUACAGUGAAUAUAAUUAUUUUCCAAAUCCUAGCCUUUUUAGCAUUUGCUUCACAUUUGCGUACAAUGUUAUCAGAUCCGGGCGCUGUUCCACGCGGCAAUGCUACCAAAGAAAUGAUAGAGCAAAUGGGCUAUCGAGAGGGCCAAAUGAUUUUCAAAUGCCCCAAAUGUUGCAGCAUUAAACCAGAGCGGGCCCAUCAUUGUUCUGUAUGCCAACGUUGUAUUCGCAAAAUGGAUCAUCACUGCCCAUGGGUAAAUAAUUGUGUGGGAGAAAACAAUCAGAAAUACUUUGUAUUGUUUACGUUUUACAUAGCAUCUAUUUCGGUUCAUGCAAUAUUUUUAGUACUGUCAUCAUUCGCUGAAUGUGUACGCAACGAAUGGCGACAAUGUUCGCCAUAUUCACCACCUGCCACCAUAUUCCUUUUACUAUUCCUAACAUUUGAGGCUUUAAUGUUUGCAAUAUUUACCAUAAUAAUGCUGGCAACGCAACUGACGGCUAUACUCAAUGAUCAAACGGGUAUUGAACAGCUGAAAAAAGAAGAGGCUCGUUGGGCCAAAAAGUCACGGCUCAAGAGUAUACAGUCGGUUUUUGGACGUUUUUCUUUGGCUUGGUUUUCACCUUUUACAAAACCGGGAAAGACAAGAUUUAACUCCCACUUUUAUUCGGUUUAAAUGUGCCUUCGAGAUCAUCAGCAUAUAAACAAAAAAAAAUUUAUAUGUAAAACAAAAGCAACAUUCUUAAAUACCAGAAAUGAAAAAGACUCCAUAUUAUAACUAGUAUAUACCUAUAUAGAUAUAUGUAUGUAUGUAUAUUAAUACAUAACAUGAAACAAAUGGAAGAACAACAAUAUGUGUGUAUGUAUAAUUUAUAAUUAAUGAAGCUAAAUUGUGUAUUUUGUCAUUAUGGUUGUCCCGGGAUACACAAUAGAUUUAGAAUAGAAAAAUGAAUAGAUCUUGUACAUUUUCCAUGCGAAUUACGCUUAAAAUCAAACAAAAACCAAAACGAAAAGAUAAAAAAGAUGAAGAUGAUGGAAAAAGAGAUCAUCCCUAGAUAAUG